AUGUUAUUAUUUAUAUUAUUUCCAAUAGUAUUAUCCCAAACUCAAGUGUGCCAAACUUCAGAUUUCAACUCCGGUUACAAGAAGGGGGACCGUAUCGUCCUUUGUUUAUUCUUCCAAACCGCUGAUAACCAACAAUACAGAUAAGUGUAUUAAUUAAAAGUUGACUAAUAUACUGCACUCCUCGUUUCUGGAACUUACCAGACUCUCUCCAGUAAGCAGAGCAAUUUAUGGGCUAAUUCUGGCAGUAUUUCCACUCUUUACGGGACCCCAUACACAUAGUCUGGAGGUGCAUACCCAAUUUAAUCCAUUGUUGUUCAAAUGAUUCAGGGCAGUGUCAUUGAUGUUUUUUGGGAUAACGUGUGUUUUGAUGGUAGUUAAUGUAAGGAAAAUACAAUCACAACAACUACAGGAUAAAGUGUCUCAGAAAACAAUGAUUUUGUUACUUCUUGUAGUGGAGGUGUUUGUGAUCCCAAGGUAUAUGUGAGUUUCUUAGGCACUGAUGCUAAUGGGUAAUACUAUACUAGCAAUGGAAUUCGUAUGUCAAAGUUCAGAUAAUAUUCAGCUGCAUAAAUCUUCACAAACACUUAAAAUGCAUUUAAUAGUGUCAUAGAUGAGUAUUCAAAUUAUACGGUAUCAACAAAAUGAUUAUUUAUGAUUCAAUUUAGAUAUUGACUAUUUUGAUGCAUUAUCUAGUUUCUCAA